AUGGCUAAUAAUGACGCGUAUCUCAAAGUGUGUCUAUCUAAAUACAAACAUCGAGAUCUUACUGCACGGGAUGUGACUAACGUAAUACAAGUGUAUCGCAGUUUGAAUUUUCGUGUCGAGGGCUUUGUAUUCAACAAUGGAGUAAGAAAAGACCUUUUGAAUUUAGAGGGAACGAUACCUGUUAAUUACAAAGGAGCAUUUUACAAUAUUCCUAUUUGUAUUUGGCUAAUGGACACCCAUCCGCAAAAUGCACCUUUGUGUUUUGUAAAACCGACACCUGAUAUGUCAAUAAAAAUAUCAAAAUAUGUUGAUAAUAACGGAAAAAUUUAUUUACCGUAUCUACACGAAUGGAAAGCUAAUGUUUCCACUUUACAGCGACUCGUUCAGCAAAUGAUCAUUGCUUUUGGAGAAUUACCGCCAGUCUAUUCGAAACCACGGAACGAAGUACGUCCACCUUAUCCUAUGAACUCCUUUAUGCCGCAGCCGUCAGGUUAUCCAUAUCCCACGGUCAGCCCUCCUCAGCAGGGGUAUCCUUCUAUGACACCAUAUCCGACAACCUCACAACUGCCAUAUCCCAGUUUCGGUACACCCUACCCUGGCUCUGUCAACACAAAUGGUUCACCAUAUCCUGGAGCAAACCCUCCAUAUCCACCAGCGACUGUUAAUCCAGUAGCAGAUGUUGCUGGCGGCACUAUCACAGAAGAACAUAUCAAGGCAUCAUUGCUCUCUGCAGUAGAAGACAAACUAAGACGCAGACUCAAAGAACAGUCUCAACAAUCACAGGCAGAACUCGAAACAUUACGUCGGACUCAGCAAGAAUUGAGAGAAGGAAAAACAAGAUUGGAAGAUAUAAUAUCACGUUUGCAAAGAGAGAGAUCUGAACUGGACAAAAAUGUGGCUAUUCUACAAGAGAAGGAAAAGGAAUUGGAAUCGGCAGUGGAACAUCUCGGUGAACAAGAAAGUGUUGAUGUUGAUGAAGCUGUAGUUACAACAGCUCCUCUAUAUUCACAACUUUUAAAUGCCUUUGCUGAAGAAGCUACUCUUGAAGACGCUAUUUAUUAUAUGGGAGAGGCCUUACGUAAAGAAGUGAUAGACUUGGAUACGUUUUUGAAACAAGUUCGUACUCUUGCUAGGCGGCAGUUCACAUUACGUGCACUAAUGCAUAAAUGUAGGCAAAAGGCCCAGCUUGCAUGUUAA